GGCCCCAACUCGGCAGUUGGAUUUUAGAACAUCAGACGGGCGGGCGUGUGUAGGAUGGAUCGUUAACAACAUCAGCAGUUUUUAAUUCCGCCUUCUACAGUGUUUGUUUAUUACCUUCCGGCACACUUUCCGUGAAUCCUUCUCGAUCGUGGUGCUUCGAAUUAUUUUUAAUUUUGGCGUUUAUUUUGAACCUUACCUUUAACGCCGUUCCGAUUUCACGUCGAGAAGGUGGCUGCACAAGUUUGAAAGCGGCUUUUCAAGAGUAGAACACCUACUCAUUUCAAUAUCGCUGUAUCAACGCAUCAGGCAAUUAUCAAGAUGGUGAAGAAGGUCUCAGAAGAGAGUGUAGAUAGCGGCGUCGGCCGCUGCAGCAGCCAGUCUGGCAGCGAGCGGGAGACGGAGGUCGGCCGCUCGGAGCCGUCCGCGCCGGUCGCGAUCCCCGACAGCGAGGACAUGCAGCGGCGCAAGGAGGAGGCGCGCAGGCAGCGCCGCAGGAAGAAGCGCUCUGGCAGCUCCGUUGUCACGUCAUGCUUCCAAGAUUUGUACAAGCUGACGGGCGAGGUGCUCGGCGAGGGUGCCUACGCUUCAGUGCAGACGUGCGUGAACAUCUACACGGGCCAGGAGUUCGCAGUCAAGGUGAUCGACAAAGUGCCAGGGCACGCCCGCGCCCGCGUCUUCAGGGAGGUGGAAACCUUCCACUACUGCCAGGGACACCCGAACAUAAUCCAGCUCAUUGAAUUCUUUGAGGACACAGACAAGUUUUACCUUGUCUUCGAGAAGAUCAACGGCGGUCAACUCCUCUCCCGUAUACAGGAGCACCACUACUUCUCAGAGCCGCAAGCGGCUGAAAUCGUGCGAGAGAUCGCGAACGCUUUACAUUUCUUACACGGCAAGGGCGUCGCACACCGCGAUCUCAAGCCGGAGAACAUUCUAUGCGUGCAUCGCGACAGGCUCUGCCCGGUCAAGAUCUGCGACUUCGAUCUUGGUAGCGGCAUCAGCUUCACUUCGAGCCUCGCUAGCCCGUUGGCCACUCCGCAGCUGAUGACCCCGGUGGGCAGCGCGGAAUUCAUGGCCCCGGAGGUGGUGUCCCUCUUCGCCGGGUCCGCCGCCACUCACUACGACAAGCGGUGUGACCUGUGGUCUUUGGGGGUCAUCGCUUAUAUAUUGCUGUGCGGGUACCCCCCCUUCCGGGCCGACUGCGGCUCGGACUGCGGCUGGGAACGCGGGGAGAACUGUCGCGCCUGUCAGGAUCUGCUCUUCAGGUCCAUUCAGGAGGGGCGCUACUCGUUCCCCGAGCAGGAAUGGUCGCACAUCUCGGCCGAGGCCAAGGACCUGAUCCGGCAGCUGCUGGUGCGCGAGGCGUCGCACCGGCUCAGCGCCGAGCGCGUGCUGCAGCACGCCUGGCUGCGCCGCGCCGACCCGCUCGCCAGGUUCCCGCCGCUGCAGACGCCCAUCAACAUCAAGCGCAACAUGUCAGCGCGCAACCUGUCCAACUUCGCGGAGUCGGCCAUGGCGGUGAACCGCGUGAUCCAGCAGCACUUCUCCAUGAACUACUCCUACAUGGAGCGUCCGCCGGCCAUCCGGCCGUCCAAGUCCUGCUACCCGAGCCCGGAGGUGACCGUGUCGGGGCCGGAGUCGCCGGACUGCGAGUGCGGGCCGUGCCCGGCGCCGGCGCGCGGCCGGUGCGCGGCGGACUACUGCGCGCCGCUGGGCCUGUCGCCGCCCACCGAGUCGGAGCUGCUCCGGCGCCGGCUGCAGGACAAGCCCCCCCUGCCCGUGCACUAGCCCCGACGCCAGCGUGGCGGUCGGCUUGGCGAACCCGAUGUUAGGCCGUGAUACAUUACAUUUACUGCGUUAAACAGAUCUUUAAUUCAAGUCUGCAAGUCAACUGUUCGAUUAGGACCCGUUCCUACUUAUACGACUUCAUCUGUUUUCUUAUUCCGUGCAAAUGUCAAACUUGUUUUGUCCCUUGUACUACUUCGGGCGGUUUAAAGAAUCAGACGGAACGUCUAAUUGGGAACAGGUCAAAACGCUGAGAAGUGUAGUGUGUCACGUCGUAAAGCCUGUGAUUUACUGUUGGUGUGGUGUUAAUUUCAACCCUGUACUCUUGAAAUUAGUAUUACCGUUGAGCAGUACGCUUAUAUAGCGGUAUGCUUGCUUAAAUAGAAUAGCGGUACGCUCGUUUUAAUAGAAAUUAAGUGAAUUACGCAGUGGUAGUGCUAGUUCAAGAAGAUUGGAGAGUGUAAAUGCAUAGCACCGGACUUUUCUGUCUUCUUUUCUCUUUCUCUGAGAGAAUGUGAGCUACAAGUCGUACCACAGUAAUUACUAGUCACAACUCUAUUUUUUUUUGCAUAACGUCCUUAAAACUAUUCCUUUUUUAUCUCCAAAAUAAAAUUACCAUCGAGGGAAUAGAUUAAACAUUUGAAAUCUAUUUCAUAAAAUUGUCAUGGGAAAUCUAAUAACUUUAAAAGAACAUUAUGCAACUAAACUAGAAUGAGUGAAGGGGUUCAGUCGGUCGUACCAAAUCUGGUCGCCUCCUUUUUUCCGCCGUUGGUCGGACUUCGGAGCGUCCCUGGCCCGAGAGACGCGGCUGUCCGAACAUUCCGCCGCGAAUAAAACGACCCACCGCGACUGUACUUUAUAACCUCUGACAGAUGCUAAAUUUAUGGGAAAGAACCUUAAAAUACGUCGAUUAGACGCCAUGUUGAAAUCAAAAUGGCGGCAGGUCUUUGAUACCAGUUUUCAUACACGAAGGUUCAAACCCCUUUUAGACUUGCCAGUGUAGUAUUUAUUAAACAUUGCGUUUAUGGUUUGCGAACGCAAUUUGAAAUCCACUGUUUGUAUGUAGGUAUCCCAUUAAAGAGAAAGUGAACAUGAUGACACCAAUCAGGAUUCGUUCGGAAAGAAUGGAGCUAUGUUAUUGGUCGAUUCGUCGGUCUUUCAGUCGGUCGAUGUUCUGUACACCUCUGCUUUUAUGGGAACGUAUGUCAACUAUGUUAAUGGAAAGCAUUAAUCUAUCCAUUAUUUUUGGUCGCGUACAUAAGGUAGGCCUUGGACCCUUACUUAACCAUGGGAGCAGGCACUAUAAAUUGCGUGAACAACUUGGGUAGACAGCUUGUAAUUUCCGUUUCGAAAUGUAGAUUCUUUAUGUAACGUUGUUUCGCGUCUGUCAGAGGCGAAAUAAACUUGAACGGAGUGCAACACGCGCACGGUAACAUCGUCUGCGAUGGAACACUGUGCCAAUGGAAAUAUUCCACCAGUGAUAAUAUCCGAACGCAACGCGGACGGUAUAAUAUGAAGCUGAUACAGUUUUAUUUGAGCCUUUUAAAGAUAUAUUUUUAUGAAUAAAUAAAAACGACUGAAUAGUUUUUAUCGAUAUGUAGAGUAUUUGUGAGUUUAUGUUGAGGCGGCACCGCCCGCCGAAGACCGACGACGGUCGAUAAAAAUCGUAUUAUAUUGAGAUAGUUGUGCUGAUCUACUUUUACUUAUUAUCUUUAAACGACUACAAAUCAUUAAUUUUUUUUGGAUUUAUGAAAUCCGUAAUUGAAAUUGAGCUUAUGUAUUUGUGUAAAUUGCCUUUCGUUUGUGGCCUAUCCUUUGCAAUAAAUAGAAAUUAUGUAAUUUUUCGAUGGCGUUUUUGGAUACUAGUCUGUUAUGUGAUUGAUUUUUUUGCAUUUUACCAACGAUGGAAAAACCACAUCUCAUUAAUUAAGAUGAAUCAACAAUGUUUUUUACAUAUAAGGAAGUAAGGGUGGUAUGUGACAUUUUGAUGAGAGUGCAAGUGUGUAUAGUUUGCAUAAUUACUUGGGAUGUUAGAGUACAAUAAGAGUUUACUUCCAUUGUCUAGUAGGGCACUUGGGCUCGAGAAAUGUCAUGUAUAGACUCGAGCUGUUGGUACGUUAAGUGUUGCAUGGAGUUCCAUGGAACUGCCAUACCAAUGUGAUCAGUUUGAAUACUUUUAUAUUGCUGAAAGAGUGAAGUUGUAAUAAUGUUAAGUGUAGACUUGCUAGACUGUAAUCUGCGUACAAAGUUGAUUGGAGAAAGUCUCGCGAAGCGCGAUACCGUUGACUAUAUUGUUUAUAUUUUCACAAAUUUUAUUGUCCUUAAUAGAUUUAUAUACUUAAGCGAUGCGUUUUUAUUUUGUCCGCUUGCUUUAUCCAAUCAAAAUGAAUUAGAUUUAACGCAGUAAUUUGUUAAAAUUUUGUUUUCGACUAAAUCAUUGAUUUAAAACUGUCAUUGAAAUACAGAUGUUUGAAUUUUUA